AUGAAGGUUACUUGGCUAGCAAAGCGGUCAAACUUAGUUACUCUGUCCCGCUCAAAAGCUGGCCUCUCCGUGCGCAAGCUCUUCGACAACGAGUCCCCCCUCGGUCUCUUUCUUCGCUGGACGGCCGGUGGCAAGGACUCGCGUGGUCUUGACAACCAGCUGGAUGUACGCACAGAACGCUUCAAUGGCCUCCUCGCCAAAAAACGUCUCGUACUGCAAGAGAAUGAAACCGGCGAUAUUGAGGUUUGUGCUUAUUUGGGCUCCCUACUUACCGUCGCUCCGCCCCCUCCCCCUGUCUGUCCAUAUGUAGACUUUGCACCU